AUGACUUCUUUUGGUUUUGGGCUUAGUGAAAUAAUUAGUAUACCAUCAGUUUUUAAAGAAAAUAGCACUAACAGUACGUCAUUUACUGAACAUACAGUUUGGUGUAUUGAUUGGCGUCCGUCACAACAUUGGAUGUUUCAGAUAGCUAAUGUUCUGUUUUUUGUAUCAUACUCUGUGCCAACUAGUUAUUGUGGCAUAUUAUUUAUGCACUCAACAUUAAUUGCAGGUUUUCUUAUACUCAUUACUUGGGCAUGGAGAAUAGUGUGUGCACCUGAUUUAUUUACUUGGAAUUUAUGUUUUCUUUUUAUUAAUAUUCUACAACUAAUUUAUCUUAUUUAUCAAAGAAGACCGAUUAAUUUUAAUCCAGAACUUGAACAAAUUUAUCGUAACAUGUUUAAGCCUUUCAAGAUUACUAGAAUUCAAUUUAAGAAAUUGGUGAGUGAACAAUUUGCUCAGAUUGUUACCUUACACAUAGGUGAGGCUUAUGCUAUGCAAAAUAUCACAAAAACUGAUAGACUUGGACUGCUUAUGUCUGGAAAAGCAAAUGUUCUACAAGAUCAUCAACUUUUACAUCCCAUAGGACCGUGUGAGUUUUUGGAUUCUCCUGAAUUUGAAAGUAGAGGGUCUUCCGAAGACAAAUUUAAGGUUUCAGUAAUUGCUGCAACAACUUGUCGAUAUAUAUUUUGGCAAAGAUCAGCAUUAGAAUAUUUGUUUGUGAAAGAAACAUACUUAGCUACUGUAUUAGCUACUUUAGUUGCAAAAGACAUAACCAUUAAACUUUACUCUAUGAAUAAUAAAAUUAUGACAGAUAAAGGAUCACAUUUAGAUAUCAGGUUACCAAGUAUUACUCCAGCCAUAGCAUCAAAAGAAUGUAAGCCACCAAUAGUGAAAACAUUAAAAAAACUAGCGGUGAUCUCAUCACAUUGUCCUAUAUCACCUAUACCAGCUGUGAAAAUCACCAAGUGCGAUACAUUGAUUAUGGAUAAAUGCCAGACGACCAACGGAAAAUUCAAUCGAAUGAACUUGGCCAAUGAAAUGGGUAAUACGGGAGUGGAAAAUUGGCUUGAAAAAACUUCAAAAUAUCAUAGUCUGGAAAUGGCAGAUGACGAAUAA